CCGCCGGGGUGGAGAAGGAGCGGCGUUCUGCGGUGACACUCGGCUGCCCCGAGGGGCACAGCCGGCGGGCGCGUGCCUGGGGCUGCCCUACAGCCCUUGGGCCGCCAGUCUCAGGGUCGCUAGUCUUGGGCUCCAAGGAAGGCCCCAAAGCCCACACACCUGCGCGCAUACGGACCGGCACUCGCGGGCUCUCUGGCGGCCGCAGAGGGUUCUGAAAGUCCUUUCCGGCGUAGGGUGGGCACCGGCGGGAGGCGCCGCAGACUCCGGGUUGAAGAACAGCGGCGAGACGCGUGCGGGGCGCCUGCCGGCCCCUUCCUACCUCUGGGAGCAGAGCGCUCAAGAGCGAGGCCGUGUCGGCCGCCUGCGCUGCGCCGGGCUAAUUUUAACUGUUGAUUACCUCUUCAGCGAAGACUCACUCGCGUGUCCCUUCAUAGGUCUCAUUUGUAAUUGAGACGAAUGAUUACAGAGGGGCGAGAAGGAGCAGCUGCUCAUUAAUUAAUUUCUAAUUAAAAGUGCCUCUCUUUCUCGGGUGACUAAGGAGAACCGCCGCUCGCUGGGCGAUAUUGACUCGGACGGAAUUCAUUUGCUAACGCCCCGAGGAAUGGCCCCUCGGCCCAGCGCGCGGCCCGGACUGUCCUUGCCCCGCCCUGCCCGAGCCGCCUGCGGAGAGACCCGCGAGUGUGCCGCCGGGCCGGGCUGCGCGGGGUGGGGCUGACGUCAGCGCCUCCGCCGCUUAAAGCCGCGCAUAUCUGACUUGACGGGUUCGCGCGACUGGGUUUUUUUUUUUUUUCUUUUUUGCAAAAUAUGUAUUUCUGUCGCCGCUGCGAGGCCGGCCGGUCCAAGAGCCCCCUCGAACCUCGGGAAUGCGAAGUUAAAAGAAUCGCUGCGGCCACUGCGGCUCACUUUGUUACCCGGUUAGAAAAGUUUGCGGAGCGCAGGGGUGAACUAACCGGCUCUCCUGCUUCUCCCUCCCAGCGCUUAGAAGCCCACAGCCCCGGAGCAGCGGCCGCGCGACGCCGGCCCCAGCGCGCAGGACCCUGCUGGCCCCGCCCGUCCGCCCCGGGUCGCACCCGCCAUGUCCUACCCGCAGUUUGGAUACCCCUACUCUUCGGCUCCCCAGUUCUUGAUGGCCACCAACUCUCUGAGCACGUGCUGCGAGUCGGGCGGCCGCACGCUGGCGGAAUCCGGGCCCGCCGCCUCGGCUCAGGCGCCGGUCUACUGCCCGGUCUAUGAGAGCCGGCUGCUGGCCACUGCGCGCCACGAGCUCAACUCGGCCGCGGCGCUGGGCGUCUACGGGGGUCCCUAUGGCGGAUCGCAGGGAUAUGGCAACUACGUGACCUACGGCUCGGAGGCGUCCGCCUUCUACUCGCUGAACAGCUUUGACUCCAAGGACGGGACGGGAUCUGCGCAUGCGGGCCUGGCGCCAGCCGCUGCCGCCUACUACCCUUACGAGCCGGCUCUGGGCCAGUACCCCUAUGACAGGUACGGCACCAUGGACAGCGGCACGCGGCGCAAGAACGCCACGCGCGAGACCACCAGCACGCUCAAGGCCUGGCUCAACGAGCACCGCAAGAACCCCUACCCCACCAAGGGCGAGAAGAUCAUGCUGGCCAUCAUCACCAAGAUGACCCUCACGCAGGUCUCCACCUGGUUCGCCAACGCGCGCCGGCGCCUCAAGAAGGAGAACAAGAUGACGUGGCCUCCGAGGAACAAGUGCGCAGAUGAGAAGCGGCCCUACGCGGAGGGCGAGGAGGAGGAGGGGGGCGAGGAGGAGGCGCGGGAGGAGACCCUCAAGAGCUCCAAGAACGCAGAGCCCGUGGGCAAAGAGGAGAAGGAGCUGGAGCUUAGUGACUUGGAAGACUUCGACCCGCUGGAAGCGGAGCCCCCGGGGUGCGAGCUGAAACCUCCCUUCCAGUCUCUAGACGGCGGCCUGGAGCGUGUCCCCGCCGCGCCUGAGGGCCCCGGCAAGGAGGCCUCCGGCGCUCUUCGGAUGCCUCUGGCCGCGGGUGGCGGAGCUGCUCUGGAGGAGGACCUGGAGAGGGCCCGCAGCUGUCUUCGCAGUUCGGCGGCCGGGCCGGAGCCACUGCCGAGCACAGAGGGCGGUCCUCAGGCCUGUGAGACCAAGCUGGGGUUUGUGCCGGCGAGGGCGGCGGCGGGGGCGGCGGCGGGCCUCGAGGCCAAGCCGCGCAUCUGGUCCUUGGCGCACACCGCCACAGCCGCUGCCGCCAGCGCCCUGAGCCAGACUGAGUUUCCGUCGUGCAUGCUCAAGCGCCAAGGCCCCGCGGCCCCUGCGGCUGCGUCCUCCGCUCCCGCCACGUCCCCGUCUGUGGCCCCGGUCCCCUCUGGUGCCCUGGAUAGGCACCAGGACUCCCCGGUAACCAGCCUCAGAAACUGGGUGGACGGGGUCUUCCACGACCCUAUCCUCAGGCACAGCACUUUGAACCAGGCCUGGGCCACCGCCAAGGGCGCCCUCCUGGACCCCGGGCCUCUGGGACGCUCGCUGGGGGCAGGCGCGAACGUGCUGACCGCACCCCUGGCCCGCGCCUUUCCGCCUGCCGCGCCCCAGGACGCCCAUGCUGCGGGCGCCGCCCGGGAGCUGCUGACCCUGCCCAAGGCCGGCGGUAAACCCUUCGCCUGAAGCCGGCGGGCCUGAGCCCAGGAGGGAACCCGCGCUCAGGCGGACGGCGCCCACAUUUUUCCCUGAGUUUCCAGAGGAAGACUCUUGUGAACUCGGACCCCUGGGAACAUGGACAAGCCCGGCGCUGCCACGCAGGGGCCUCCACCACCUGGGCCUGAGUCCCAGGCCAUUCCCAAACUCGCGACGCGGAAGGAGAGGCCCUGGGGCAGAAGAGGCCACCCUGAGCAUAAAGUUUACGUAAAAAGUUUACAUGAGAAGGCGGUUCCGUUCUGAAGCGCGGUCAGCUGUCCUCCGGCUGAGGCGGGCGGCGUGGGUUGUGAAGCCUCCCGGCCUCCGAUUUCAUCCUCAGCACACAACGCUCACCAACAGCACUUGCACUGACCCGACUUGCACACUCUUGACUCCAUAAUAUUAUGUUUUUUAAAAUGUAUGUUCACACUGCUUCAGAGGCUGAUAUAACAAAAACAAUAAAACCGAGUGGUGGUGUUUGUAUUGCAAAAUGAA